UGCGCGAUAUGUUCCCGAAUGAUAUACGAAGAGGUUGGAGAAAAGAAAGUAUUUAUAGAUUACAGUGUGGCAACAGAAAGUUCUCAAGUGAUCCCGUUUCGCGACAACGGGUUUCUCGUGUACUCCGCCAUAGUGGAGCCUCUCAAUGAAAAUUCUUUCUUAUUAAAAUACAUAGUAAAUGUCGUGACAGUGCCUUGGUAUCAUGGGAAUGAUUCCUCCGUAGCAAUGGACAGACACUUAAUGUUGAUGGCUCGAAUGAUUCAAGCCGUCAUUGAUUUGAAAAGUAUACAUGUCGAGGACAUCCCACCAUCUAUAGCGCUUGAACGUAAUGGGUAUGAGGCUGUGUUACCUUACAGAACGUUAGCUGGCACAUUAGUAUAUGACACCGUCCCACUUCGUGUGUCUCUAGUGAUGCGUUCCAAAAGUGAAUCUACAUAUGUUGUACAUGGAUCGUUCACAAGAGAUGACACAAGUGCGUUUACACGGGAGGAGUUGUUAGGGAUAGUUUUUGGUGAACGAUGUAAAAUAGUUGAAUCUCUUGAGGAUGGGAGUAUAGUAGUUCACAAAGAGGGGUACAAGACUAUAUCUUCCGACCAUUUAAAAGUGUCUUCGUGGAUGUACGCGCCCGUCUGUGCACUCUUUCACUUCAGUUCAAUUCACAGCCCAACGUGUCGGUUUGCCCAUUCACUCGAGUCGGAGAACAACAGAGUCUUCUUCUUCCGUCGUGCUUUUGUGUUUUUUAGCUCAGAAGGCAAAGGCAUUAGUGUGCAAUAUUCAUAUGACAUUGUAGUGAAAGAAAUCGGCACAGAAGACAUGAAAGAAACGAUGAAAGUGUUAGUUGAGAUGUCUGUGCGAAUGGAAAAGGCUCCCUUGAAACGGGGAAGAGGUUAUGUCCCAAAGAAUCACAGUCUUGUCUUUAACAUUCAACACCAAAAGUUCGACGACAACUCCUUCUUCCCACAACUCCCUGUACAGACUCUUAAAAAGAUUGGAUCCCUCCUCCCUCCACAAGACGUUGCAGCGUUGAAAGCUACAAAUAAACACAUAAGAAGGCUUCUCACGACUGCUUUAUGUUCCAAAGAGUCGUCUUCAAGUGAAGAACGAUUAAUGGCAUCACUCAAAAGACUUGAAGUAGGUGGGAUAGGGCAUUGUAUGACCACUCGAACUAUAGGGGAGGGCGAUGUUGUUAAAAUGUGUGAAAACAAUGAAGGAAGUACUGAGUGGAAGAUAGUGAGUGAACGGCACAUAGCACAACAUGGGUCUGAAGAUGUCACCGCCCCUGAUGGAGUGAAGGCUGAUGUGUAUGUUGGUCACACCAAUAUUAUCCGAUGUGUUGAUGUUGAUAGUACUGGUCUGAUAGUGACUGGGUCUUCCGAUCGAAAGAUACGAGUGUGGAGUAGUAGUGAAGACUCCGAAGUGUUCAUCGGCCCCAACUCGAGUUUAGUGACAACAAAAUUUGUGGACGGCGCAAUAGCAGUUGCCUACAAGUGUGGUACUGUUAAAUACAUUGAUCGAUUAUCACCUAAGAAGUCCCUCAUAUUCGAUGUACCAGAAGGAAAACUUGAAGGGUUUUAUCCUUUACGUAACACGGAGUUUCUUGUGUGGAAUGAGAGAGUCGAUGUGAUGGAAUAUAUCGAUUUAAGACGAGUAGUGAAAUACACAUAUAACGGUCAUGUAAGAAAAGUCACUGUGACACGGCCACUUGGUGAAGAGAUUUAUAUCAGCGGAUCAGCAGACAGGACCGUUCACAUCUGGGAUACCCGGCAAACCGAUCCAAUUGCAAAAUUUAGACCACACAAAUCGGGAAUCACUUUGUUGGAAACGUUCGACGACUUCCACUUCGCUACAGUCGCUAACGAAAAGACAGUGUCGUUUUGGGACACACGAAAUAUAUCUAAGGCAUACACUACACUCCAACAAAAGACAAAUGCAAUCGACACAAGAGACAAGUUGAUUGUGUGUGGACUUGAGGGUGGGGUGGUGUCUAUCGUCGAUGUCAACGGGAAGACUAGAGCUCAACUCAAUUGUGGGAAUCAAGUGGAGGUCAGUGCAGUUGCGUUUAAUAAAGGUGUUGUUGCAGUGGGCAGUAAGAAAGGGAAGCUUUAUGUGUUCAAAGGUGUUUCUUAUUGA